AUGGCAGAAGUGCUCCCAUCCAAUGACUCCACCGAAGCACCAGGAGAACUCAUAAGCGCCAACCAACCGCCCGCUUCAACAGAACUACCGGAAACUACCACACCUCUACAAUCCGCAGGCAAUAAUGAGACACCAGCAGAUGGUGCAGGCGCUAACGGCAUCCUUACUCCAAAAACGCCACACGUUUAUGUCGUGCGAUCGACAGCACGUGGGAGAGGGAGAGGACGGGGAAGGCGAAGGGGUCGCGGAAGUGGCUCGAUAAUACGUGCCACCCGUAACAUCCAAGUAAAUGCGAUAACGCCAUGUGAUGGAUGGAGAAUAAAAGCCGUAAUGGAAGAAAGAAUUCAAAUGGACAACGUUUUCCUUUUAAAUGCUCUAACGGAACGCGCUCGUUUAUUCUGUCGAUCAGCGUUGGAUCAAAUGCAUACGGAGAUGAAUGUGAGACGUUUGGAUCAUUCUAGAGCAAGUCACAUUGUGCUUCUAUGUGACGAAGUGCUGCACAAAUGUUUGGAUUGGACGAAUGAGAGCAUUGUACUUAAACAUCUGAGCAUAAGUCCUCUUCGAAUGUCCGACAUGUACAGCUUUCUGGGUGUGUCUGUUUUCUCGCAAUGCUCUGGUUUCAGCCUAGCUAAGAGCUUAUUUUUUCUGAGCAAACUGGAUUGUCCCGUUCCCACACUACAGCUGGUUCGGUUCAUCAGUGCGAACAUUCUCGCCUUUUCAGCCACCGGAAGAGGCGAUCAAGGUGAGUCCGUUUGGAACUCGCAACGGGACCAAACCGUCCAUUUGUCAGAGUUCGAGCAAGCACCUUAUCGUAUGUCCUGUAAAGUGUUCUUAUCUCCUGGACACACGUUUGCGACUCUGGAUGAUGAUCUAUACGGCACACGGGCCAUUGAAAAUCAAGUCAAAACUUUAAGCUGA